AUGUCUCAAACACGGCAAGCCACGUCGAACCCGGCGUUUGCUUCAACUCGAAUUACUUCUCAAACUACUAGUGACUCUUCGCAUAGCCAUUCUUCGGGACUCCUGAGGCUCAGAGGGGAGGACACUCCCAACGCCGAUGAAGAUAUUGCAUCCGCUAGACACAUAAGAUGGAGCGAGGAUGUUAUCGACAAUGAAGGGAAGGGCAAGAAAAGCUCUAAAGUGUGCUGCAUUUAUCACAAAUCUCACCCUGUGGGUGAAAGUAGUUCAGAAUCUGAUUCCUCCGACUCCGACUCCGACGAUUUAUCAGACAGUGAUAAUGAAACGGUUUGGCAGGGGAAUAGGGAGGGCUUGCAUUUGACCCGUCCUCAUAACAUGGCAUCACGUCCGGGUGAACAAGAUUUGGAGACAGAUCGAUGCUCACAUCGUCAAAGGUCAAACGAGAAGGCCAGGCAGAGAAAGCCAAGCCCGAAUGCAUACGAGAAAAUGCCGAAGGCAACAAAAAGAUCAAUCGGGACACCUGGCCGGGUAGCCUAA